CGUCUCAAGUAUUCAUGGAUUUUAUUUUUUAGUGGGAAGUUGUGAAUACAUGGGUCCACUGUAUUACCUGCCCUACAGUCCGAUGAAGAGAGAAAGCAGAACAAGUGAAAUGUGUGAAACGGUUCUGUCAUCGAGAUGAGCCGCUACGCCCUCUGGCCUCCAUCAUCUGGACUGAAGUUGAAAUUCUUUUCCUCUGUCAUCAUCAACGUUGGAAUAUUUACAGAGCCUUGACAACUGGAACAAGACACAGAUAGGAGCAUGGAGGCGUUGUAAUUGAUUGUGAAGUGGCGUUUGCGAAGAGCUGGAAAGGAGAAGCAGGUGACUGAAGGAGGAAACGAGGAGAAGACGAGCAUGGCGCACUCAUCUGUUUGGAUCUUUCUGUUAUGCUUUUCACUCACUCAUCAAAGGGUGGCAGCCCAAGCUGAAGCUUGCAGGACGGUGGUGCAGGCAGACAUCGUAUUCCUGGUGGAUGAGUCAUGGAGUGUGGGUCAGACCAGCUUCUUCAGAGUCAAAGACUUCAUCUCAGCCAUCAUGUCCUCCUUUCAGGACAACGCAGUGGGAGCUGAGGGGGUUCGCUUCGGAGUCACUCUCUUUGGGGAUGUUCCGAGGAUGCUUGUUGCUUUGACAGACUACAGUUCACUUGAGGAGGUGCUCAGAACUGUUGGAAACCUCCCCUAUGGUGGAGGAUCGAGGAGGACAGGCAGCGCUCUCCGGUUCCUUGUAGAUUCUGUGUUCAGCCCUGCCAUCAGCCGAGAUUUUACCCCAAAGAUUGUUGUUUUGAUCACAACCGGACGCUCGGAUGACCAGGUCGACCUUGGAGCCCAGGCGGUUGCAGACAGUGGGAUUACACUCUUUGCAGUAGGCGUAAGAGGAGUCGAUGUGUCCGAGUUGAGAAGGAUCGUGUCUGAGCCCUUCGGGGAACAUCUUUUGGAGUGUGCAGACUUCUCUCUCCUGGAAACUCUCCUUCCCAAACUGUCCCGGAGGUUAUGUUUCAGUGCUUCUGAACCUCCACGACCUGUUAAAACCAACCAGCCACGUGAGCAGCAGUUGGUUGGUCCCAGAGACUUGCAGGUGAGUGAGUUGGCCCACAGCUCCCUCAGGCUGACGUGGAGCCAGGCUACCGGGGAUGUCACUGGAUACCGUCUUCUGGUCACACCUCUCAGCUCCAGGGGACAACUCCUACUCAACCAGCAGAGGCAGCUGGAUCGGAAGGCAGACGUCAGCUCUGCUGUGGUGACGGAGCUCAGUCCGAAGACGGAGUAUUCCCUCACCCUCUACGCCGUCUACCCAAACCUCAUCGGCAACUCUGAAACAAUCACAGUAAAAACAACUUCGUUGCCCAAAGUAUCAAACUUCCGCGUUAUCGAGGAGGGCUUAUUCUCUCUACGUCUUGGCUGGACUUCUCCUCUGGGAAAGCUCAAUGGAUUUAAGAUCUUUAUACCCAGGUCCAACAGACCAGGAUUAGCAUACGAGCAGCUGCUUCCUGGAGACAUCUCUUCUCAUGUGAUUGACGGCCUGGAAGAAGAUAAAAAGUAUACCGUCAAUAUCUAUGCCGUUUACCCCGAGGGGCCCAGUGAACCAGUGUCAUUAGUGGGAAAAACAUUAAAAUUAGUAGCAGUCAAGCAGUUCCUGGUCCAGAAUGCCACUACAGAUACAGUCCAAGCAAGGUGGGAGUCAGUCAAGGGGGCAACAGGAUACCGUCUGACAUGGGCAUCCCCAGAUGGUCACAUAGAGAACAUCAACCUUGGGGAGAACUUCAACUUCUACAUGAUCCAAGGCCUGCACUCAGGCUCUGAGUACAUCGUCACAAUCAACCCCAUCUUUGGAGACACUGAGGGACCCGUCACCACCAACAAUGUCAAAACAUUGGAAAGCAGUGCUGUUCAAACUCUGAAGGCUUCUGCUGUCAGCACUAGUUCAGCUGUUGUGUCUUGGAACAGCGUCCCAGGGGCCACAGGAUACAGGCUGGCAUGGGGACCCACCCCAGAAUUUGCUGGUCGAGAUCGUCCAAGGCAAUUGGCUUUAAACAGCAGCACCACAGAAUACAAGCUGAAGAACGUGGCUCACGACACAGAAUACGUCCUGACUCUAUACGUGCUUUUUGGGUCCGCCGUCGGGCCUGGCAUCUCUGCGACGUUUAGAACUUCUCCUUUAGGUUAUGUGUCCAACUUUAAGGUGACAUCUUACACUAGUACCUCCAUAGCUGUGGAGUGGAGUCCUAUUGUUGGAGCCACAGAGUACAAACUUUCUUGGUACACAGAUGACGGCAAACCACAGUUCCAGUAUCUAGACCGAAGUGUCCUGUCCCACCAGAUCAAGAAUCUUAUCCCACAGUCCACUUACACAAUAACUAUCUGUGCAGUGUACGGCAACUUGGAGGGACCAGAUAUCUCCUUGUCUCAACUAACAUCUGAAGUCUCAGAGUCGGAGCCAAUCCAGCCAGUGAGGGAGCUAAAAGUUGUGGACAUUGGGGUAAAUUCCUUCACCUUGUCUUGGAAGAAAACACCAGGAGUUUCAGGAUACAAAAUCUACUGGAUUCCCUUUCUUGGGGGUAAGGAGAAAUCCCAAGUGGUACCUGCUGCUUCCACGUCUUUCACCAUGGACAAUCUUCAGGAGAGCUCGGCUUAUAAGAUCCAGGUUUCCCCUAUGAUUGGUGGAAGAGAGGGAAGUCCUGUCCUGGUCACUGCACGGACAUUGGAUCUUCCAAAAGUGGAAGGGUUUGCUGCCCUGAACACAACUGAGAACAGCGCAGUUCUGAACUGGACUCGUGUAGCAGGAGUUUCUGGGUAUCUUCUCUCUUGGAGGCAUAUUUCAGUGUUGGACACAAAAACAGAAACCCUUGGUCCUGCCUUCUCAUCCUAUAAGAUCAGUGACCUGCAGUAUGGCAGAACAUACAUUUUCUCCAUUAGACCAUUGUACGGCGAAGUGGAGGGGCCUAUAAGCACCAUAUAUCAGAGAAUAUUAGGGCAGGAUGAUCCUGUGAAACCAGUCCAAUUUGUUGGUGCAACUGUGACCCCGAAACCCCCUCGUGUCACAGCUGGCCCCAACACCGUCUUCGUCGUCAACCCAACCAUUGCUCAACCAGCCGCCAGGGACACUGAGCCCCCCACAGCUGCACCACCAGCUAACUCCAUAACUACUAAAAAGCCUCCGGUCCAGCUCAGUGUCACUAAGGCCAAGGAGGCUGCAGUCACUUCACUGAAAGUAUCCACAGGCUCCACAAAGUCAACAGCUCCACCACAGCCAGUAUGUGGGAAGACCAAAGCAGACAUAGUCUUCUUGGUGGAUGAGUCGUCAAGCAUCGGCGUUAACAACUUUGCCAAGAUGAAAGACUUCAUUUUCCGAGUGACCACUUACUUCCCCGUUAUCGGCGCACACGGCACACAGGUUGCCGUGGUUCAUUACAGCGAUGAGCCUCGUAUUGAGUUCUAUCUAAGUGACUUCAAAGACAGAAACUCUGUGCUCAGGGCUAUCCGAGGGCUGCGCUACAGAGGUGGCAACACCAAAACAGGAAAAGGCAUUGGCUAUGUUCUGCAGGAACUGUUCAAAGAGUCUUUGGGGAUGAGACAAGAUGUGGCCCAUGUCCUGGUUCUGAUCACAGAUGGCAGGGCCCAGGAUGAUGUGACACCACCUUCCAGGAUUGCACGGGCUUUAGGGGUUAGCAUAUUAGCAGUUGGAGUUUCCAAUGCAGACAUCGAGGAGCUCAAUAAAAUUGCAGCUCCCAGAAGCUAUAAAAAUAUCUUCUACUCGCCAACCUUUGAUGACUUCCCCUCCAUAGAGAGAGAAUUUAUCCAAAGCAUCUGCAGUGAGGAGCUUCUCUCUGAAUUCAAACUACAGGAUGAGUUUGCUCAGUUGGACACUCCGACUGAAGACCCAGAGGAGCUGAAUAAGCCUUUAGGUCCCUGCGCCUCACAGUGUGCCAAGGGCCAGAAAGGGGAAAAGGGAAACGGUUUUGGUCUUGGUGGUUUGCAAUUUAGGCAAAGCCCUGGACAGUUUGAUCCUUUCAUAUCAUCCAAAGGAGAAAGAGGAGAGAAGGGACCUCCAGGAACAGAUGGUAUCCCUGGGCUGCCAGGGCGACCAGGACGAACGGGACCUCCAGGUUCUGCUGGUCAGCGGGGCUUUCCAGGGUUUCCAGGGGAAAUGGGUCCUCCAGGUGUCCCUGGCUCCAAGGGACAAAGGGGAGAGAGAGGAGAGCCUGGCUAUGUCAUAGCUGGUACAGAUUCAAAUUUUGUGCCUGGAAGAAAAGGAGAACCUGGAUCUUCAGGCCCGCAGGGACCACCUGGGGUACCGGGAGCGAAUGGAUCACCUGGCCUCCCCAGCCAGCCAGGCCCGCCAGGAUCACCAGGAAUAUCUGUGAAGGGAGAUCCUGGAGCUACGGGAGCCAAAGGUUUACGAGGGAAGCAAGGCUUGAAAGGAGACAAAGGAGAGCCGGGAAAAGAUGGUAUUGCUGGUCUUCCUGGUCCCAUUGGCAUUGAUGGCAUACCAGGAUUGCCAGGUCACAAAGGAGAAAAGGGUAAAGACGGACAAGGUAUACAAGGAAUCCAAGGUCCUCAAGGAGAGAAAGGAGACAAGGGGAAUAUUGGCUUAACAGGAGCAGAGGGACCAAAGGGUGACCGUGGAGACCAGGGCAUCCAGGGACUGGGUGGACCCCGGGGGAAAAAGGGAUUGAAAGGAGAAAAAGGGGACAAGGGAGAGCAGGGAGAGAAAGGACCAGAUGGACCACAAGGACCUCAAGGAUUAAUUGGGCCAGUUGGAUUGAAAGGAGAUGAAGGACAAAGAGGAGCCCCUGGAGAUCCUGCGAUGGGUAUAAUUGGCCCACCUGGAAAAAAAGGUGCCAGGGGAGAUCUCGGCCCAAUUGGUCAAACGGGCCCUCAGGGAAUAAAAGGAGAGCAAGGAGAGAAAGGAGAGAAGGGAAGUCCUGGUUUUGGGAUUCCAGGUCUGCCAGGACAGAAGGGGAUAAAUGGUGAGAGGGGAAAUGUUGGUCUAUCAGGAAAACCAGGACCAAAGGGCAAAGAUGGUGCAAAAGGGGAGAAGGGAAGUGUUGGCUUGCCUGGAAAUUCUGGAGAACCAGGAUUAAGAGGUAAAGAUGGAGCACCUGGAGCGAAGGGAGAGCCAGGAAUGAAGGGUGACACAGGGUUAACUGGAGAGCCUGGUGAAAGAGGAAUAAGGGGUCCAUUGGGGUUACCAGGGCGACCAGGUGACCCUGGAGAAAAAGGUGAACCAAGUCUUCCUGGUACUGAUGGAAAGAAAGGCGAUAAAGGAGAGAUGGGGAAACCUGGACCCCCGGGAACACAAGUUGUUGCAGAAAACAGCGUACUGACCAGAGUUAUUAAGGGUGACCCUGGAGAACCGGGCCAGCCAGGUCUGAGAGGAGAAACUGGUCUUCCUGGGCCAAGAGGACCAGAAGGAAAACCUGGAUUACCAGGAAAUUCGCAGGGCUCUGGAAGAGAUGGACUUGACAGCCUUCCAGGAAUAAAGGGAGAUAAAGGGCAUAAAGGUGAACCUGGUCCAAGAGGAGAACAAGGGAUUGCUGGAAUGCCUGGAUUACCAGGAACUCCAGGGAGACCAGGCAUUGAUGGGAAGAGAGGCCUGUCUGGAAAGGAUGGAGAAAAUGGGUUCAAAGGAGAGGAUGGAAAAAAGGGCGACAGAGGGGAUCCUGGAGUUAAUGGGAAAGAUGGAAGUAAAGGGGAGCCAGGGCCUCCAGGUUCGCCUGGUAGGCAGGUGCUAGUCACGACUGAGGGCGCCACAAUUGAUGACAUUCGGCAGGCAUUUCCAAUCCCAAUGGGUCCACCAGGAGCUACUGGUGCACCAGGAAUGAAGGGUGAAAAAGGAGAGCGAGGCCUGAAAGGUGAAAAGGGGGAUGCUGGCGCUUCUGGAAAGACUCUGGAAAUGAAGGACAUUGAAGAAAUGUUUGAAAACUAUGGAAUAAGGCUUCCUUUGUUGAAGGCUUUGAUUGACAGGCUGCUGCAGGAUGGUGUAGAGGAACUGCUCCAAGUGCUCACUACAUCCAAGAAAAAAGAAAAAACUGAUACUCACACCUCCAAUGUCAUCACUGAGUACACUAGUUCUUUGAAAUUUGACCUCACCAGCAAGCCACUGAUAGCAUUAGAUGAUGAGGACAAACAUUUAGAGGGCCAGCCGCGUGAUCCUCUGUCAGCUGGUCCUUUGAUUGAAACCGCAGAGGGUCCAACGCUAUGGACCAUGACUACAGUGAACGGAGAGAAGAAACUCACCAAAUUAAAAGGAUCCAAAGGGACAGAGGAAGAAGACUGGGAUGGGGACAAAGUGUCUUCACUCAAAAUAAAUCUGACUCUGGUCAAUUCUACCUUAAACUAUACCAAUGUUGAGGAGACGGUCUCAGGGUUGCCUGAAACUGUGCUGGAGACUGUUCUCCUCACACAGGAUGACCCACUGAAGAAGAACUCUGCACCAAAGAAGAAGAACAGGGAACAUGGGAAAGGCAAAGGAAAUAAAGGACGACAUAAGAGGCAGAGACAAGGCCUGAUGAAUAAUGAGCACAAGCAAAAGGAAGAGGAAAAUGAGGACUUCUAUGACGAUGAAGAAUAUACUUAUGAAUACGAGGAAGAACUUUUCCCAGACAAACCUACAGUCUCUCUGGAGAGGACAGAGAAGAGAGAGGAGGAUCCGCUAUUCACACAAAGUCCAGACCCGUUUGAAACCUCCAGUCGUCCUCUAGCCACCGUCAGAGAAACCGAUGCACAGAUUAUCACAACAACCACAUCACCUUCUUCUCCAUCUCUGGAUAGUGUAGAUAAGGAUGAGGUGACACUGCCCACUCCUCCGGUAGCAACAGGAGAAUCAGAUAAGGCGCCUCAACCUCGAACCAGAGUGAAAAGAGACACCUUUUGGCAUGACUCAACCGUAUUUAUUCCAGGUGCUCCAGGUGGAAGAAUUCGGAUGAAGGAAAUGCAAGAAAAUCCGUCCUCUGGAGCGCAAGGUUACAGCAGCUGGAGGAGACGAAAGCUCAACAAUCUCGAUGCUCAGGCACAUGCAAGUAGGGAGAGGCAAAAAAUGGGAGAGAAAGAGAUAUACAGUGAUGCAAAUGGAGAGAUAAUGUUUGGAGCAGAUGAUCUGACUGAAGGAGUAACUGUAGCAGAACCAGAUGCUGACCCUGAUCCAGUCUACGAGGUGGAGGAGGAGAGGAGUGGCGACUACGACUGGGAGACGGAGGAAGAUGUUGAUCGCGAGAGAGAAACCGAAGAGGAGCUGGAGAGGCAGAGAGAGAAGGAGAGGCUGGAAAUGGAGAGGGAAAGGGAAGAGCUGGAGAAGGAGAGGGAGGCCGAACGUGAGACGGAGAGAGAAAAGAUGGAAGGGGAGAAAGAUGUGGAGGGGGAGAGAACAGAGCAGGAAGCAGAGAGAGACUUUGAGAGGGAGAGGGAGGAGUGGGAAAGGCAGAGGGCGGAGAUGGAGAGGGAAAGAGGGGGAGGUUACAGUGAAGAAACUGGACAGCCAUACCCGUAUCCUCCACAGUACUUUUUUCUGAAGGGGCAGCCAGGUGAGAAUGGAAAACCUGGACCAAAGGGGGAAAUUGGUGAAAAAGGACAAAAGGGUGAGCCAGGUAUUGGUUAUAGAGGGCCAGAGGGCCAAGCUGGUCCCCCAGGACAAAAGGGUGAGCCAGGUGAGCCAGGACCUCCAGGAGCGCAGGGCAUCCAGGGUAUUAAUGGAAAUGCAGGAAUACAGGGUAUCCCAGGACUCAAGGGGCCUCCUGGAGAUACAGGAGAGCCAGGCAGAGAGGGUGAACGGGGUAAAAGAGGGAAGAAUGGAUUGACUGGACCCCCAGGACCUAGAGGUGCACCAGGACCUGAUGGUCUUCCUGGAGUACCUGGUGUCAAAGGAGAAAAGGGUGACGGUAUUCCAGGUCAGCCCGGUGCUAGAGGAGUUCCUGGUCCACCUGGCAGACAGGGUGAAAGGGGAACCGCAGGUGUUAAAGGAAGCCCUGGUCAUAUUGGUCCAAAAGGCUUGCGUGGCAACAAAGGAGAAAAGGGAGACCGCGGCGUACCUGGACUCAGAGGAGAGAGAGGGAGCGCACUUCAGAUUCAAGGACCUCGUGGGUUCAAGGGCUCCAAAGGGGACGCGGGUGAGAGGGGCCUGCCAGGUUUCGACGGGGAUAAAGGAGAGAAGGGUGAGGACGGUCCUCCGGGAGUAAAGGGCCUUAAAGGGGAUGCGGGCACUAAAGGGGCACUGGGCCGAUUUGGAGCGCGAGGGCCGGUGGGCCAGAAAGGGGAAGCCGGAGAGCCAGGGCUGAAUGGAGUGAUGGGGCUGAACGGACAGCAUGGAAUGGAUGGAGACAAAGGCGACAAAGGAGAUGUUGGACUUCAAGGCAUGCAGGGUGAUCAGGGCGGUCCAGGAGAACCUGGCUUAUCUGGAGAAAUGGGGGAGAAAGGAGAAAAGGGUCUCAGAGGGUUUCCUGGACGCACCGGAAACCCCGGGCAAGACGGCGAAAAGGGAGACCCAGGCGUGCCUGGCAGUGCAGGUUUAGCAGGACUUAAUGGACUCACAGGACGUAAGGGGGACAAAGGAGUUGGAGGGACCAAUGGUGCUGAUGGUGACCCAGGAGAGAAAGGGGUUAAGGGUGCUGCAGGUUUCCCCGGAUUUCCAGGCUUCAAGGGGUCAGCUGGCAGUCCGGGACUAGAUGGAGAUGAGGGACCACCCGGAGUCCCUGGUCCUCAUGGGGAUACGGGACCCAAGGGUGAGCGGGGCAGGAGAGGCAAAACGAGGCCAUGCCAGAGGGGGGUACCAGGAACCCAAGGACUGCGAGGAGAAACUGGUUCAGAGGGUAUGGAAGGAGCAAAGGGGGAAAAAGGAGAUCCUGGAUUAUCAGCUGAAGAAGUGAAGGAGCUUGUCAACCAGGAGGUGGUUGAAAAGUGCGGACUGGAAUACAAGUUUAUGGUAAAGUCUGUGGAUCCGGAUGCAUCGUACGUGGUAACUGGUAGCAAAACUACCAGUAAGCCCAAAGAUUUAGCAAUAACCAUCUCUACUGUGACUGAACGUCACAAAGAAAGGAUGAGACAUGACUUUCAAAAACAAGAAUCCAACAGCAACAUGAAAGAAAUUACAAGUACUCUUCCACUGAAUCUCGAAGAAGCCAGGAGCUCACGAAAUCACACUGAUUCUCAUGAGGGAUGGGCUGUGAAGUCGAGAGAGAGGAAGAGAAGACGACUAUCUGGUUCUAAGGAUGAUAUGACCGAUCGCUGUUUGCUACCAAUGUCGGAAGGAGCUUGUUCAGAAUACGCUCUGGUCUGGUAUUUCCACAGCCAGUCGGGGGAAUGCAGGCCUUUUGUAUUCGGCGGCUGUGGUGGCAACCAAAACCGAUUCACAUCUAAACAGGACUGUGAGAGUCUAUGUGGAACAAAGAGCGGAGUGACAGAAACUCGGUCAGCUCUGACGGAGGACCUGCCUUCAGACAGCUGAUGCAGUGACGAAAAUUCAGAUUCUGUCCGUCAGUGUGGUGUUACUGAAGAUACACUGUUUUUGUUUUCUAUAUUUCUUUUAUUUAUAAUUUUUUUUGUGAAAGCAGUUUGAUUUCUGGACGUUUACCAGUGAACAGAAUUGAAAUGUGAGCAACAGUAUGAGAGAGCCUGUACUUUUUCCUGUAUUUGUUUUAUUGGUGAAACUGACGUUGAUUGAGUGUUUUUUUUUUUUUUUAUGUGAUUCUAAUUAAUGCUACUGAUAAAAAUUAAAACUGGUUUUAUGUGUGUGAUUUUUACUACACCUGAUUCCGUUUUCACCUCAUUACUGCAGAUCGCGGUCACCUUUCUUAUGCCCUACAUGAUGCAGUCUGCAAAAAUACGAAGCUGGUGGCUGGUUUCCUGCUGCCUCUGUCAUCACCACAUAUGUUUGUUUGGUGGGGGGUGUAGUGGGUCGGGCUGGGAGCCAGAUGAGAGGCCAACAGGGGCCCAACCAAUCUACAUCAUAGAGUCUCAGCUGUGGCAGGGGAUUCCUGUGUGGUCGCUCGUGUAGGAGUGACGCACAUUAACUGGGACCUUUUCCCUCCCUUUUAAAAACUCACAUUAAACCACGGUGGAAAGGCAGAGAUUGGAGAGUUGAUACAUUAUUUUAACUCCUAUGACAAUAUUUCUGUGAAAUGUCUGAUUGGAUGGGUCUUAGGUUGAUUACUGAAAGUAGAAAACAUGACCAAGCUAUCAGAAAAUGCUUACAUGAGCAAUCACCCUCGGGCUUCCUUCGUGUUGGUCACGAUUCUGCCCCCGUGAUCUACUCCCACUCUCCAAAAUGCUUUACAAAUAUCCAACAUGCAGUGCCUGGCAGAGGUACACUUAAAGUUGUUCACAUUUUGCCACAUUACAGACACAAAUUUCAACAUGUUAUUGGGAUGUUAAAUGACUGACCAAUGCAAGGUCCAACAUAACUGUGAAGAGUAAAGAAAUUUAGUUUUCAAUCUCUAAAGCAGGGAUGUCUGGUGUUCUGGGAGUUGACCAAAUGUUGGGGUGGGUAGAACUUUUCUUUGGGGUUGUGUGGGGCCGCUGCCAUGGGGGCUACACUGGGGGGUCAGCGCCUCCCUCUCUUGAUAGAUCUUGGUGGACAUGGGUGCCUAGUGGAGUCUGCGUGGGAACUGGCUUCCUGGGAGAGCAUCUUUGCAAAGUGUUUUAUGUUCAGUUUUAAAGCACUUCAUGUAAGCUUGAAAAAUAGUUUUUCUUUCUUUUUACUUUCCAGUUUUAAUUGAAAUAGUCUUGUUGGAUAAAUGCUGAACAAUUAUUAACCUCCUGACAGCUUUGUUUUAUACUUUUACUGUCUCAUUGUAAUUUAAUUGCAUGGAAAGAAACGGGGAAACAAUUCAAUAGUAGAACAAUCAGACAUUUCUCAUAUAACCGACUCAUUUGUAUGAAUAAUCCCAAAUAUCAACACUUUUGUCAUAAAAACAGAUAAAAAUAAGAGAUCUUGUUGAACAGGCUAAGUGUCUUCCAGAACUGUAAUGCAGAAGAUAUAAUACUGAAGAGGGCCAUGCAAAUCAAUUUUAGAGAUCAACUGCAGGGAAGGAGAAGUGGGAGGACUCUUAAGUCUUCAAUCACAGUGUGUAAUUAAUCGAGCUGUGACCGCUUCAAUCCUUAUGAAUGAAAACGUUAAUAAAAGGAAUAUUCAACAUG